AUGGUAUCUCAGCAACAAUUCCCGCACGUAUCAAGUGGUGGUACCGUUUACUAUGGGUUUCCCAAUCACGACGCAUCAGCUGAAAACACUUACAUAUAUCAGCAGCAACCUUUUGCAGCUGAUCCUAGCAACACAUUGCCGUCGUUGCAACGAGCUCCCCAACCGCAAGCCGUGACACUGAAUGACUUAGUCCAAGCUCUGUCAGUCUCAAAGAAGGAUCCCCUUCCAGAAUGGAAGCUGGCCCAGUACGAUGCAUCUAGUCAUUCCUGGAUAUCGGCUAAAUUAGUCAAAUGUCUGAAUCUCUCAGGAAGCGAUUUGGAUCUCACAGUAAAUGGUAAUAACACAACGACUGUUGUUAAAACGAAACAAGUUCAAAUGAAGGUAUCUUCUAACUUCGAUGGAUUCGAAUACAUAUUCGGUUUAACCGCAUUUGUCAAGGAUGAACUUAAAGUCGGUACCGAUACCGUCAACAUCCCUGCAUUACAGAGCAAGUAUCCGUACCUUGCUCCAAUCAAACCAAUUGUGUAUAGCUACGCCGAUGUAGACUUAAUAAUUGGUCAAGACUCCUUCCAUGCUAUUCGGCCUGAGGAGUAUUUCAAGAGUGAGGCCGAUCCAAACACAUCGCCCGUCGCGGUUCGCGUUCCAAUAGGCUGGGUCUUGAGCGGCCCAAUGCCGACAUCUACUGGUUUCCUUUCUUCUUGUUUCAAGUGCAAUACGGAUGAUACCGAACUAGGUUGUCAAAUCAAACGCUGGUAUGAAAUAGAGUCAUACGGAGCCUACAAACAGGUCGAUUCCCGUUCAGCCGAGGACAAAAUGGCGGCUAAAAUACUUGAUUCCUCCACCGUCCAUGAUGGAUCAAGAUACACUGUAGGUAUGCUGUGGGCAGAAGAAUCUAUCAUGUUACCAGACAAUUACUAUUCCUCUUUGGUUCAGUUAAAAUCGUUGGAAAAACGUUUAGCUAAAGAUCCUCACUUAAGGGAUCAAUACUCAAAAACUAUCGAAGAUGAUUUGAGUAAAGGAUACGUGAUUCAAGUUCCUCCCCAUAAUUUUUCGAACCGCAGCAUAUGCGAGUGGUAUCUUCCUCACCAUCCCGUGGUGAACCCAAACAAACCUGGUAAAGUGAGGCGUGUCCUUAACGGAGCGUCUAAAUUCCACGGUACGUCAUUGAACAAAUCGUUGCUAGUAGGACCCGACCUACUGCAAAACCUUGUGUUCGUUCUCCUCCGUUUUCGUCAACAUCAUUUUGCCGUAUCGGCUGACAUUGAAGGGAUGUUCCUACAAGUCGGCGUCCUACCAGAGGACCAAUCAUCUCUUCGUUUUCUGUGGCUGGAGGACCCCACAGCCGAUGUGGUUGUACACCAGUAUACCAGACAUAUCUUUGGAGCGAGAGAUUCGCCAACGUGUGCAAAUUAUGCAUUGCAACGGACUGCAAUAGAUAAUCAGGCGAUGUUCCCUGACGCAGCGUCCGCAGUUCUAGAGAAAUUUUAUAUGGACGACUACCUAGACUCCUUUGAGGACCCUGAUGUUGCAUUUAAAAUGAGUCAAGAGUUGAUUACUCUGUUAGCUCUAGGUGGUUUUAAAUUAACUAAGUUCAUAAGUAACGUAACUAAAAUUAAUAAAGAGUUAAACCCGCCCCAAAGCGCGCCGCAACAGGAAACUUUUCUUCGCGCCCGUGUGAAAACUUCACUUGAAACACAAGUUGCCUUCGUCUUUGGAAAAGCAAGAGUCACGCCCAUGAAAGCGCUUUCCAUCCCGAAGCUUGAACUGCAGGCCGCGUUACUCGCUACCCGCUUGAAGGAAGAUGUCCUCAAAGCUCUAACCAUUCCUGUGUCAAACACGUUCAUGUGGACUGACAGCACCACUGUGCUCCAGUGGUUUAACUCAGGUAGUAAGCAACCCAUGUUCGUGGCAAACCGGAUUGGAGAGAUUCUGGAAAGUACGACCGUAUACCAGCGGUUUCACGUCUUAAGUGGAGACAACCCUGCUGAUACGGGAACCAGAAGAAUCUCAGCGGAGUCCUUAAAAACAAGCAGCUGGGUGAGUGGGCCAAGUCUGCUGUAA